AUGUUCCCUCUGCAGUACCCAGAAGUUUGGGAGAUGUACAAGAAGCAUGAGGCUUCUUUCUGGACUGCCGAGGAGAUUGACUUGGCGCAGGACGACAAGGACUGGGCCACUCUCAAUGAAGGUGAGCAGCACUUCGUGAAGCACGUCCUGGCCUUCUUUGCGGCAUCCGACGGCAUCGUGCUCGAGAACCUCGCAGUGCACUUCUCGACAGAGGUGCAGAUCCCAGAGGCUCGAGCCUUCUAUGGCUUCCAGAUAGCCAUGGAGAACAUCCAUUCCGAGACAUACUCUCUGUUGAUUCAGCAGUACAUCAAGGACCCUGUAGAGAAGGAUAGCCUUUUCGACUCCAUCCACACCAUGCCGGCUGUGCAGCAGAAGGCUCUGUGGGCCGUGCAGUGGAUGAAUCGUGAGAGCAGCUUCACUGAGCGCUUGGUGGCGUUUGCCGCUGUGGAGGGCAUCCUCUUCAGCGGCUCCUUCUGCGCCCUCUUCUGGCUGAAGAAGCGCGGCCUGAUGCCGGGCCUGACCUUCUCCAACGAGCUCAUCUCCCGCGAUGAGGGCCUCCACGCGGACUUUGCGUGCCUGCUCUACGGCAUGCUGGAGCAUAAGCUCCCAGAAGACGUCGUUCACGAGAUGAUCCGUGGCGCAGUCGAGGUGGAGCGGGAGUUCAUCUGCGGGGCUCUCUCGUGCGAUCUGAUCGGAAUGAAUAAGGACUUGAUGACCCAGUACAUCGAGUUCGUCGCAGACCGCUUGUUGACGGCCCUGGGACACGGCAAGAUCUUCAACUCUUCCAACCCCUUCGAUUGGAUGGAGAUGAUCUCCCUGCAGGGCAAGACCAACUUCUUCGAGAAGCGCGUCGGAGAAUACCAGAAGCUUGACUUGAACGGCCUCGUUUCCGGUUUGAAGGAAGGCGGGGGUCAUGGCGGGUGUCUCGAACCCUUUGACGGCCUUCGCGCUGGACAAAGACUUCUGACUUCUGAGGUCUUGUCACCGCUUUCGGGGCGGCCCUUUUCUGGUUGGGCAGACGUUGCGCAGGGAGCCUAA